GGGACAAAGCUUUUUUUUCCCUCUCUAUAGGGUUUGCAGAGAGAACUGUUACUCAACGCCACGUACACGAAGCCUGAUAUCUUAGUCUCGCGAACAAUGGCUUUUUGGGGCGUCGAGGUAAAACCUGGGAAGCCAAUCACUCACUAUUGCGAAAAGGCUAGAGGAAGGCUUCGAAUUUCUCAGGCAACUCUUGCAAUUGGUGAUGCUACAGUGAGAUCCACAGUGCAGUGUAAUGUAGGUAGAAGGAGUCCUGUCUUGCUCUGUGUGUUGAUGCCUGAAAAAACGGAGUCUUGCCAUUUAGAAUUGGAAUUCGAGGAGGAUGACGAUGUAGUGUUUUCUGUUAUUGGCCCACGAAGUGUGUACCUCAGUGGUUAUUACGUCCAGAAACUUCAAGGCGCAUGUCCGCCCAAUGAUUUGUCGGUGAAAAAUCAAAAUUCAGAAAGGAAAAGGAAAAGGAAAAGGCACUCAAAAAAGAACUUGAAAAUAAAAAAGCGCUCAAAAACGGAGGAGAAAACCCACACCAUUCAAGCAGCCAAGGAUAACAACACUGUUCUUGCAAAGGAUAAUGUGCACGCGGUUGAGGCCUUCACUAAUAUUGGAAAUUCCAAUGAUGAUCUAACAAAGAAGAGAAAGAGUGAACUGCAGCUGGAAGGAAUAAGUGUAAAAGGAACUGACAAUCAAUGUGGUUUACACCAUGCUGAAAACCAGACUCAAGAACAACUGGUGGGGUUAGAAGAAAUUCAUACAGAAGAAAUUGGUGAAAAAUAUCAGGAGAUGCCAGUUGACAGCUCUAGGAAUGAUUUUCAAAAGGAAAGGGGAGAAAACCAAGAGCUACAGAUUGAUAAGUCAAGUGCAGAUACAGGGCCAAGUCUAAAACAAACCAUAUUAAAGGGGGGGUUAAUCGUUGAGGAAUUAAAAAGUGGACCACCUAAUGCUAAAGUAGCUGCACCUGGUAAAAAGGUCAAAAUUUAUUACACGGCCAUGGUGAAGGAAACAGGGCAUGUUUUUGAUUCGAAUGUUGGUAAAGAUGCUCUGUGUUUUUGGUUGGGCGAUGAACAAUUCAUUGAUGGUUGGAAUGUUGGCAUAGAUGGUAUGCGUGUUGGGGAAAAAAGGAGGCUUAUCGUCCCACCUUCAAUGGGGUCUCAACUGACGGCCCAACCCGGAGGGUUAUCGGGCCCAAUAUAUUGGAUUGGAAUUGACAUGGAAAAAUACGAUUUCGAUUCCUAA